AUGAAAGGAAAGAAAUAUAACGAAGUUCUUAGCGAAAUGAGAGAGAAAAUUGACAUUGGAAAGAUCGGGGUACAAGUGAGCAAGCUAAAAAGAACGAAUGGGGGAGAUCUACUUGUAAAAUUAAAUGGGAGAGGAGCUGCGGCGAAGUUGAGGGCCGAACUGGUCAGCAAAAUGAAUCCGAAGAAAGGAGACUUUCUUUAA